UUGACUACUUGACUUAAAGUAAGAAAUGUCAAUUUCUGUUGAGGAAGUUACGACCUGCGAUUGUAUUUUAUAAAGUUUAUCAUUCAAUAAACUGUAUUGAGAACAGGAAAUCAUUAUUAGUGUACUUUAAACUAAUAUUGGCGGCUGCACAUAGAGAAAGAACAAAGUUUUAAUCAUGUGUUAUGUUAUAGUUACGGGUAGAAGUUUAGCAUGGCUUUUGUUAAGUCUUGUAGCUUUUAUGUUGAUAUUGACUGGUAUAAUGACUCCCAAAUGGCUAAUGGGACAGCCUGUGGUCCUGAAUGAGAAUAACGUUACAAGUUUUUAUGUUCCGAGCGUCGGUAUUUACAAUAGAUGUAUCCGCAUGAGAAAUGACCAUAACAACUGCGCAUCAUUCUCGUUCUACGGUCUCGCUACUGAUGCUGAAGUAUACCCGACUCCUUGGAAGGCAUCUAUGUUCUUUUUAUCUCUAUGUGCAGCCAUACAAUUUGCAACGGUCCUGGCGGGUGUCAUGGCAUGUUGUGUUCAAUCUGUGUUCAAGAAAAGUGUUAUUUCAUUGGCCGGAGCCACUCAAGCUUUGGGAGGUCUGUUCGGAGUGCUAGGUCUGCUCCUGUACCCUUGGGGGUGGGGUGCUACCCGCGUAAAGAGGCUGUGUGGUGAAAACUCAGAGCCUUACAUACCUGGCGACUGUUCUAUUGGUUGGGCCCUAUUCGUCACAGCUACAGGCGUUGCCCAAAUAUUCCUCGCCAGCGCUCUCUCAAAAACAGCAGACAAGGCAGCUAACUCCGAUAAGGUUCAAUUUCAAAUGGAUGAAGGCAAACAAUUGAUAUGUUUAGCUUGAAAACUCGACCCUUAAGUCCAGGUAGUAAGGUACUAUUAUUAAAGUAGUUGUAACCUUUGAUAUACGAUUUUGCUGCUUAUUGGCAGUAUGUAUUUUUUUGCUAUUUUUCUUAUGAAUGUAUGACUGAUUUGAAUUAUAGUGAAUCUCGAAUCAUCCGUCUAUUUUGGACUUUAUUAGCACAGGUAUAAUGAUCAUAUUUUUUUCUUUCAAAUAUCAUUCGUAUAUCCAUCGUAAUAAGACUCAAAAUUGAUUGAAAUCAUCAUUCUUAGAAUAAUUCUUUUAAGUUUUUAUUAAUAUCUGACAGACUGAGAAUUUGAAUUCCGACCUUUUUUUUAAUAUAUACGUAUUUUAGUAAUAUAUUUCUAGUAAUAUACAGGGUGUAAACGGAACUCUCCCAAACGCCGCGAACAGGUAGUGGUAAGAAACGAAUUACAUUUUCAAAAACUUAAGCAAUUAUAUGUUCUUUUUAUGUAAUAGUAGUUGUAAUCAACUAUUUAAUGGUCGAUUUAUACUAACGCAGAGUCGAAGCGCAUCAUUUCUGAGAUUAAAAAAAAAAACACAUUCGCGCGCAUACGCGCAAAUUUCGAAGAAUGCGCGCGCCUUUUUAAAUUCUCAGAAGUAAUGUGCGCGUUACGCUGUGGAGUUCAGUUUGAAUUUGUUAUGUUCAGUUUUGGAAAGACGCUUCGAUGCCCUUCGACUCUGCGCUAGUAUAAAUCGACCUUAAGGCAUGACAACAUCAUUUUCAAAGUCAAAUCAUUGCAUGGAUAACAAGAAAACUAAAAUAAUUAAACUUACAAAAAAAAUAUUGCGUUUUUCGGAAGCGUUUACACUAUGUAUACAGUAUGUCAAUAAAACUCCAGUUUUUUUUUAACAAUAUGAAUAUAAGUGUAAGGGCCGAUUUUCCAAUAUCCUAAAAAAAAAAAGAAAAACAAUAUACCGGCUGAAUUGAGAACCUCCUCCUGGGAGGAGGGAAGUCGAAAAGAAAUGACAUUUGACAGUUUUUAAUUAUAUAAUAAUAAUCAAAGUUAUUACCUUGACAAAAUAUAACAGGUUUUGGAAGAAAUCGGCCCUAAAUAAAAUAUUGUAUUAUGUACUAUGUAUUAAAGUAAGUUUUAUACAGAUAAACAGGGAUGGUGAGUUUUUAGAAAACAAAACAUUUUUACUAUUUACAAUACCAGCCCACAAUUUGUUUGUGACUUUUUAUUUUUUCUACAUAGCUACAUCACGGUCAUAUCAUAAUGACUUUUUUAUGUUUUUGAGGGGAGAAUAUCAUCCAAUGACUUCUCCUGUCUUGGCCGAGGCGAGAGGCUUACUGCGAUAUGUGAAGUUAAUAUGACCGCGUUAUAAUAAACGUGCAUUAGCCAAUUUUAACCAUCAUCCCUGUAAUAAGUUAUAUUAUUUUAUUUUACUUGAUAUAAUUAGUAAGUAUUACGUAACUAUGUAUUAUAAAAAAUUAUACAUAUAUUCCUAUUACUAUAGUGUUAUCGUUAGUCACAAAUUAAAUCAAAGAUAUCAUAUGUAGUAAAUACUCAUUAUUGUAUGCUAUUAUAGUUAUUUUGUUAAGUGAAAACUAUUGUACUGGGGAGUAAAGAAACGGAGCCACCAGCGUUUGUUCUUUUUCAUUUCUUGAUAAUUAUUUUCUGAUGCAAGUAUUUUGUUAAUUGGUAACGUAUUGGUAAUGUAUGUCCUAUAACAGGAAAUUUAAAUGCCCUUAAAUUGAGAGCAUUUUUUGUUGUAAAACGUUUUCUUUUAGUUGUGGAGGUAUCUUUAAAUUGAAUAAAAAAGCGUUAGUGGUUUCGUUUCUUUGCUCCUAAGUGAAUUUUGUGGCUUUUAGAACAAAAAACUGAAUAUCCGAAAUGUUUUUAUUAUACCUAUGUACUCGCAUAACUUUCACACACGUGUAAGAGCCAUGGGCAUUGCUAGACCGGCUCAACCGGAGUGAUAUCACGGCCUUACAGCUAACCAGCGUAAAACAACUGAUGUAGGAAUAUCCGCGUAAAUACUGGAUUAUCAUCCAAGUAAAUAAAUUAUUUUGAUAAGCCGAUAAACUAGCAGACGGAUCACCUGAUUAUAAGCAAUCUUGGGCCUCCGGUAAACUCACUCACUCAACGAAAUACAACGCGUUGUGUCACCUCAGUUUUCUGUGAGGCCGUGGUAUCACUCUGGUCGAGCCCAUUCGUGCCGACGCAUGGUUCUCCCACACUUAGCUGUUGUAUAGAAAAUAUUGUAUUUGUCAUAAUAAUUUAGCAUCACAAAUCAUUAAUUAUAUGUUUUAAGUGCCAUAAUAACAGAUUUGGCUUUAAUUUUGAAGGCUUAUGUAUGUGAUUAUUACUUGAUAUAAUUGCAAAUGUUCCAAUUCUAAUUUCUUUUACAUUGUGUUUGUAAUUCGAUAUUGCCUUUAAUUAUUGUUUCUACCUUGAUUUCUGGGCAUAAAUAGACGAGAAAAGGAUAAAUAAUUCGACGGUUGAAAGGCCAACGCCCGAAUACUGGAAUACUACUCAAUUUUAAGUUGUGCUUAAAUAUCGUUCUAUCUCUGUCUUUUAUUAAGAAUUUGUAGAGACAGAACUAUUCUUGAGAGCGUCUUAAAAUUGAGUGACGUUUAAGUAUUUGCCCAUAAUAUAUCUAAACGACAUUGUUUUCCAUCAAAUGAUUUGAUGGGAAAAAAAUCGCUGAUUUCGAAUAUCGCAUAUAAUACACAGAAUAUACCUAACUCGAUAUAGCAAAAUAGAUAUGACAUUCUUUUCAAUUUAGAUAAAUUUAAACGUCGAUAGGAUUGGAUCUUUGCAAUUACAUCAGUAAAAAUAAACUAAAAACUAUCAAAAUUAGUAUUAAACUACACAUCUACAGUAUUAUUUUUAAACAAUUUUCCAUAUAUUUCAACUUUUCUUAUGUUAUUGGUUGUUAUAUAUCGACUGGAUAUGUGCACAAUUUUUAUACACGUAUAUAGUGUAAGAUUUUGUAUAUUUAUGUGUUCAUAAAUAUAUUUAUAAUUGUAUAAACAGAUAACAUUAGAACUUAAGACGGGAUAUUUACCAUGUUUAUUUCUGUUUAUGAGUUUCCGAUAUUCAUCCGUGAUCAUGGCGCUUGCAACAGUGCCGAAAUAUCGGAAACUCAUCUUUAUAUUAAUACGUGAUGCAAAAACUUUGGACCCCUUUUAAGGAAAAUUGCGCGGACGUAGGAGCAUAAAAUUUAUAAAACAUUACACACACUACCAUGCAUAGUAUCUGAUCGUAUUUGACAAAACGUCAAAAUCGACAGACAUUGCGAUGAUAUUCUCACGUCUAAUAUGAAUAGUUUUCCUGUUCAUGAUGCGCCGGAAUAUAUUAAUUUGAAUUUUACAAAACUAAUAGCAAUUCGUAAAAUAAAAAUUAUCCUUGAACGUAUGUUAAGUGGUAUUGUAAAUUAAAUCGUAUAUGGUUGAAUUUCGACCACUAGGCGACUAGCAGAUAUAAAUAAACAUGAUAAAUAUCCCGUCUUAAGUUCUAAUGUUAGUGUUAGUGACCAUGUCAAAAAACUUGUAUGAACAAAUUAUACAAUUAUUAGUUAGUACAUUUAUAAGGCUAAGGGUGUAAAAGACAAUUUAAUCUAGACAAUUAUAUUUUUUUCUGUUCGAUAUCGCCGUCUGUGACUGCGUGACGUCAGUUUUUUGGUAAUUAUGAGCUCCGGUCGUGGCUUGAAACUGUUCGAGGAUCCAGUAAAAUUAAUUUUAUUAAAAAAAAAUUAUACUGUUGACGAUUGUAAUUAAUAAUUGUUAGAUUUUGGUCGUCAACAUAUACACUAAUAUUUAUAUUUAAAUUCAUAAUAGAUAAAUAAAUUUAGACCGAUCCUUUAAAAUAAUAAGUUACUGAAUAUAAUUGUCUGUUUCACCCAACUAGUUAGUAGUUUUGUACUUUAGUUCUAAGGAAUAUAUCAUGUUUACAAGAAUUAUACAAAUAUUUCUGUACUUUAUAUACAAAUUAUAUACGAUUUUGACUGAUAUA